CAUGGCGCGGGAGGCGGGAUUUAUCGAAAUAACGCCAGGGUAACCCGAAGCUUUCAGUGGAAAUAGUUUUCACAACUUCACACGGAUCUUUUCUCAAAUUUCCAGUUUCCUGGCAGUGCGAUCGCGGGACAUGGCGUACCCUUACAGCGGAUAUGGUGGUCAAAUGCCAGGGGGCCCAAUGGGUGUCCCUCCCCCAGGAUCCUACCAACAACAGUAUGGUGCCUAUCCUGGCACCUUUGCCCCAGCCCCUGCCCAAGACCCAAUGUGGGGUUACUUCACAGCUAUAGCUGGCCAGGAUGGUGAGGUUGAUGCCGAGGAGCUCCAGAGGUGUUUAACGCAGACUGGCAUCAGUGGCACUUACGCUCCUUUCAGUUUGGAGACGUGCAGAAUUAUGAUUGCCAUGCUGGAUAGAGAUUAUUCAGGUAAGAUGGGCUUCACUGAGUUUAAGGAACUGUUUACAGUGCUGAAUGGCUGGAAGCAGAACUUCAUGAUGGUCGACCGAGACAACAGUGGCAGUGUGGAGCCUCACGAGUUGUCUCAGAGCAUUACUAGCAUGGGGUACAGAGUGAGCCCUCAAGCUUUGGGAUGCAUCAUCAAGCGCUUUAGUCGGGGAGGCAGGAUCUACUUCGAUGACUAUGUGGCCUGCUGCGUGAAACUCAGGGCUCUAACAGGAAAUUUCAGGAUGCGAGAUGUUAUGCAACAAGGAUCUGUGAACUUUCAAUAUGAUGAUUUCAUCUUGUGCACAAUGUCUAUCUGAGGACGAUUGGACAGACUUCCUGAUUCAAGGAGGAAUAGAAGUAUAAUGUGUAUAUAUAACCUAUAAUAUAUGUAGCCUCUGGCUAGUAUAAUAUACAGUAUACAUAUAUUCUCAAAUGUGCCAGUUUUAACAGAAUAGGUGCUUUGGUUAGUGUAAAGCAUCAUGUGAUGUAAAGCCAUUUGUUGGCAGCUUCUUUGGGACAUACCACAUCAAGGUUUUUUUAUUAUUUUGUGCCAACACAAUCCAGUUUUGACACCAUAAGUUACUACUCAUGUAGAAGUGGUUAAUAAAUUUACAUUUCAAACUGG